AUCGUAUUUUUAACGCUCUUAGGUUAAGAUAUCUCGCAAAAGGAUAAUGAAGUAAUUCUGAACUCGGAUUAGGAUUCAGCACACCACAAAUUCCUUCGGAAAUACCUGGUCAGGUCUCUGGGUCUGAGAAGUGUCAGAUUAUAUUAUCAUUGUUUCCGCGUUAUUAUAUGUAUAUAUUUGAAACAAAUUUUCUAUAACUGGAUGUGCUAUAGAUACCAGUGGAGGAACCUUAAAGACUGCACGGGUGCUGUACUUGUUUGGCUGCGUGUGUAUGCGUGCGUGCGCAUAGCAAGAGCCUGCAGACUGGCUGAGCUCAGCGCUCAGUAGCAGCGAAGCAACAGCGUACAGCCCGCAGCUGUCGGUGUAUCCGUGUGGCUCUCUUGCUUGCCACUUUGCCAGGCUGGGUGUAAUCGCGCGCGCGUGUGUGUAGGCCUAAUCGUGUGUGAGUGCGUGGAGUGAGCAGGCAGUCAGCCACGAGAGAGUGUGUGAUGAAACCGUCUGCUAGCUGGGAAAACUGGAACAGCUGUUACUGAUAACAUGUAAAAAGCCCGGCUCAGCCGUGCUUCUAGUGACGAGACCACGACCAACAGCGUACAGGGCUCAUUGCCGAGCCACAAUACCCCGGCUCAAGCACCAUCCAUUCAUGAAGUCCGUGUCACGCCAGCCACAACACCACCACUACCAGCAUCAGAAGCAGCAACAGCAUCAGGCUCAGCAGCAUCUCGAAUCAACUGCCAACGGUUUAGCUCGCUCGAUGGCUGAGAAGCUCGGUAUUGGGUUCGGGCCGCGAGAGCUCAAGCUCGGCACCACCUUCACCGGUGACAGAUCCACCGCUUUUCAUACCUUAAAAUAUGAUUUCAAGCCCGCUAGCGUGGAUACUACGAAAAUGGCUACGCUCGAUGUCGGAGAGAGUAAUACGAUGACAGUAACAGUGCCACAUUUGGAUGGAGCUGGUACAACACACACAGUAUUCAAAGGUUCGCAAAGACCCUACCAUAAGGAAUGUGUCCUGAUUAUUGAUAGGGUUACAGGAGAAGUCACUUUGGAAAAACUUUCUGCUAAUAUACAAGUGAAAAAAACAAGAUCCGAAACCAAACCUCCAUCUACAUUGGCAGUUCCCAGUUCGCUCAGACCUAUCACUCCGAUAGAACCAGGUAAAAGUCCAUCAAAUGGAAGAACAAAAAGUAGAACUAAAGUGACUAGCGGUAAGAAAAGGGAGCCAAGUCAUCAAUUGCGUCCUAAGAUUAAUCCUCAACGUGCCUCUUAUCAUACAAAAAGUUCACCAUCAACAAUUACACCACCUAAUUAUAAUUCUAUGAGUACUUCAGCCACACAUACUUCCACGCAACCAUUGUUGGCAAGCCUUCCUUUGAUCACUGGACGUGAUGACUACAUGACUACUUCAACAGCUGCAACUUCAACGAUAUCUAAACCUCCACAUUCAUCAGCUCCUCCAAGAACUCAAUCUCCCGCUUCUUUAAGAACAGUUUCUCCAGCUCCUCCAAAAACUGUUUCUCCACCUGUUAGUGAAAAACCUACUGUGAAAGUUUCCACAUUAGAUAAUGAAGUAGGCAUUUUAAGCGAUUCCAGUAGUAGUUCUGAUAGUUCUGAUAGUUCUGAUAGUGACUCAGAACCAGAAAGUAAACCACAAUCAAUGAGAAUUAAUGGAUGUGUAGCAAACGGAACCAAAACAUCUCCACCAUUAUCGAUGCCAGAUAACUUACUGUGUGAAGACUUGCAGCUGUCAGAAUCAGGGUCAGACAGUGAUUAAAAGAAUUGAUACACAUUCCGAAAGACUUGUAAAAAGGAUACCCAAUUUUAGUUCCAAUUUAAAACAAUUUUAUUUUUUUUUCUCAUUUUUUCCGUAAAAUCAACGUGAUUUCUUUACAAGUUUCUUUCAAAAUGGAGUAUCUUGUUUUUGCGCAGCAUUAAUGAGCAAAAGAAAAAUUCGUUUCAGAUGUUAUUAUUCUGUAGCAUUCGUAUAGUGAUAUUUCAUUUUGUUCAGUCUAGAUCACUCUUUAUGUUUUCGAAACAAGUGAUGUAAGCCAUAACGCUUUUUCAUAUUCUCAUGAAAAUAUUCAGUCAUCUGUUUGAUCUAAAAAGAAAAAAUGUAAAAAGAAAGGUCAAACGAGGUCUUAAUACACUGCGCGUUAUGUACUUUAGUUUUUAUUGUAGUAAAGAAAAAAGCGACAUUUUUAUUUCUUCCUUGUUACAAAAAUGUCGUCAUACAAAGAAAAAAAAUGGCAUAACCGCUUAAAAGUCUAAGAUAUACUAGGGCUUUUACAACAAUCUAGUGUUAUUUUAAACUGAUAUGCUAUGUUUUCGUGAAGGAUAAAUCUUUGAACCGGUAAAAAAGAAAGGUCUUACCAACUUGUCAUUUUCAUAAUUUGUUUGCUGGGUAUUUGUUUAAAAUAGUUUAACCCAAAAAAAUUAAAAAAAGUAUUUUUAUACACUUUGUUUUCUAAAAAAAAUAUAAAAAUAACAAGAGACUUAAUAAGCAUAAAAAGUGUUUCUUGAAUAAUUUAUGUUAAGUAGGAAGCGGUUUAUGAAAUUCGUCAUUACUUUUGUGCCUUUAAGUCAUUCUUUACAGCUAAUUUUAAUGUAAAGUUUUGUAUAUAGAAUAAUAUUUCAAUUUCGCAAUAAAUUGUUCUAUUAUGAAACUAUGUAUAUAUAACUCUUUAGUAAACUAUUUCUUUUACUGAAGUUGUUAAUAA